AUGUACCGUCCAACAUCCCCAUUCUUCAACAUGUUCGGUCAGUACUACAGCGUCCCCGGGCAGCCAGAGCCCACUCUGAACAGCCUGAGCUUGCGCCACGACGACUCGCCGUUUCUCUCCCCAAUCCGGUCGCGAUACCCACCAUCACCCAGCGGGACCAUGGAUUGCUCUGACGAAUGGGACUACUCGCACAAUUUGCCCGAAUACCCGGACCCGGAGCGUCGGUGGGAGGUUGACGAGUGCGACAUGAUGCUUCGAACGGAGCCGUUUGGUUUCUCUUCGAUCCACGUCGAAACUUGCUCUUCCACCGACACGAACUUUGGGAUCAAUCCAUCUGCACCGAUGUCCUCUUACUCCCUGGCUGACGACGACGACUUCUCCACAGUCAGCACGAAUGCGCCGGUUCCGAAGAAAGGAAAAAAGAGGGCCGCUGAAUCGAGUAUUCCGAGAUCGACGGUCCCUUUCCUAUCUCUCAACAUGGAUAGAGAAGAGAUCGACACGGAAAAGUUGUCAGAGUUUCUGCUGGCGGAGAUGCACGCUCUGGCCAUCAGCCAGAACAACUUUGCGGCCAAAGUGCUCGGCAAAAGCCAGGGCACUUUCUCGGAGCUGGUGAAGAGGCCGAAGAAGUGGUGUCAGAUCAAGAACACCGGCCGGGAGACGUACAAGAAGAUGUUCGAUUGGUUGUGUUUGGGACAUGAGGAGAGGAUGCAGGCGUUGGAGGGACCGGUGGUCAAGAAGAAGAAGAAGAGGUGAGUCUGGAAUCUUCUGGGAAAAGACUUGAACAACUAGAGCAUUGUUCUUUCAGAGAGUCGAAAGAGCACCGGCCGCGCAUCGUCUUCUCGGACCAACAGAGGAGCAGGCUGAUGGCGAUCUUCCAAGAGAACAAGCAUCCGUCGCCUAUGGCCGUGAUGAAGAUCGCCAAUGAUCUCGGCCUUCCCGUCUACACGGUCGACAUCUUCUUCACGAAUACUCGACGCCGUUUCCGAGAGAACAAGGAGAACAUUGAAAACUGA